AUCUAUAUUAUACAUCAACAUUUCUUAAUAUUAACCAACAAUUUAAUAAUAAUCUUCUCAUCUCCACAUCUUCCCUUUCUAUAUGUUCCCUCCUUUCUCUUCUUCUCCCAAAACAUUAAUCCUCCAUUCCUAUUCUCCCACCUCAUCUCCCACUUUUACUCUCCCUCUCCUCCAUGGAAAUUGAGCCCGCCGGAGGAAGCCAUAGUCACGGCCCCCGUGGUGACGGCUUACGACGCGGCGAAGAACGAGGCACUUACCUCGUGUGGGAGGAUCUCACUGUGGUUCUUCCUAAUUUCAGCGACGGCCCCACUAAAAGGCUCCUUAAUGGUCUCCGUGGCUACGCCGAACCCGGCCGGAUCAUGGCCAUCAUGGGCCCUUCCGGCUCCGGCAAAUCCACCCUUCUUGAUACUCUUGCAGGGAGACUCUCCAAGAAUGUGGUAAUGACUGGAACUGUCUUAUUCAAUGGGAAGAAGAGGAAGCUCGGGUAUGGUGAUGUUGCCUACGUAACCCAAGAAGAUAUUCUAUUGGGAACUCUAACAGUAAGAGAAACCAUAAGCUACUCAGCUCAACUGCGGCUUCCGAAUUCUAUGACCAAAGAUGAACUUGACAGCAUUGUUGAUGCAACGAUUUUGGAAAUGGGUCUUCAAGAUUGCGCCGAUCGGUUGAUUGGGAACUGGCAUCUUCGAGGAAUUAGCGGUGGGGAAAAGAAGAGAUUGAGUGUUGCAGUUGAAAUCCUUACACGCCCUCGUUUGCUUUUUCUUGAUGAACCUACCAGUGGUCUUGACAGUGCUUCGGCUUUCUUUGUGAUUCAAACUCUUAGGAACGUUGCUCGUGAUGGGCGGACUGUUGUUUCUUCAAUUCACCAACCGAGUAGUGAGGUUUUUGCUCUCUUUGAUGAUCUUUUUUUGCUCUCUGGUGGUGAGGCUGUUUACUUUGGGGAAGCCAAAAUGGCUGUACAGUUUUUUGCUGAAGCUAAUUUUCCGUGUCCAAGUAGAAGGAAUCCAUCUGAUCACUUUCUUCGUUGUAUAAAUUCGGAUUUCGAUAUCGUUACGGCAACACUCAAAGGGUCUCUAAGAAUUCGAGACAUUCCAGAAUCAUCAGACCCUUUCAUGAGUUUGGCAACAGCUCAAAUCAAGUCAAUGCUUGUUGAAAAAUAUAGAAGCUCAAAGUAUGCAAGUAGGGUGAAGGCAAGAAUUCGAGAAAUAUCCACCAUUGAGGGACUUGAAGUUGAGAAUGAAAAAGGAGACAAAGCUAGUUGGUUCAAGCAGCUCUCGACAUUGACCCGUCGAUCAUUCGUGAAUAUGUGUAGGGACGUGGGGUAUUAUUGGCUAAGGAUAAUUAUCUAUGUAAUUGUCUCCAUAUGUGUUGGUACCAUCUACUUUAAUGUUGGAACCAGUUACACUGCAAUCUUUGCUCGAGGAGCCUGUGGUGCAUUUAUAACUGGCUUCAUGACAUUUAUGACUAUUGGUGGCUUUCCAUCUUUCAUUGAGGAAAUGAAGAUGUUUUACAGAGAAAGGCUCAAUGGUUACUAUGGAGUUACAGUGUUUAUAUUGUCAAACUUUAUCUCUUCUUUCCCAUUCUUGGUUUCGAUCUCAGUUGUUUCUGGCACCAUCACCUUCUACAUGGUGAAGUAUCGGCCAGAGUUCUCCCGCUACCUAUUCUUUUGCCUCAAUAUCUUUGGCUGCAUUUCCGUAAUAGAAGGGUUGAUGAUGGUUGUGGCUUCAUUGGUUCCGAACUUCCUAAUGGGAAUUAUAACAGGCGCUGGAAUCAUUGGCAUAAUGAUGAUGACCUCUGGCUUCUUCAGAUUGUUGCCUGACCUUCCAAAGCCAUUUUGGCGGUAUCCAAUCUCAUAUCUCAGUUAUGGCUCUUGGGCACUACAGGGUGCAUACAAAAAUGACUUGAUCGGGCUCGAGUUCGACCCAAUGAUAGCUGGAAUGCCAAGGUUGAGUGGCGAGUAUGUAAUCACCAACAUGUAUGGGAUUCCAAUAAACCAUUCCAAGUGGUGGGACUUAGCGGCUGUCAUGCUCCUCAUUCUUCUAUAUCGAAUUCUCUUCUUUCUUGUCUUGAAACUCAAAGAAAGAGCUUCACCAAUGCUGCAGACAAUCUUUGCGAAGAAAACUCUGCAACAUCUCCAGAGAAGGCCUUCCUUCCGAACAAUACCUUCUAUUUCCUCUAAGAGGCACCAACCUCUUCACUCACUUUCUUCUCAAGAGGGCCUCAACUCUCCUCUCAACUAGAAGAGCCAAGAACAAUAACUUGGACAACUUGUACUUAUAACAAUGUAACUUAAAGAGGUAUGUAGUUAGCUGCAGAUCCAUGUGUCAAGGAAAGGGGAAAAAAGGAUAUAGAUGGUAAAUAGUUCAAUGGAAUUUCUUCAAAUGUUGAGAAGUUUUGUUUAGACAUUUUUCUUCGUUGAGGUUGAUUACAUACAAUUUAUAUUGCCCACACUUUGUAAUAACUUUUUUUUAUUGGUUGAACUUAUAUAAUCCAUUUUUUUCUUCAGCUUUGAAUGCC